AUGCGGUAUGGAUUAUGUUGCUGGCUCUCCUGCAAACUGACUAUUGAUGCAGGAAGUUUGGUAUUCUUUAUGCAGGCAGGUUUCGCUAUGCUCGAAGCCGGUGUCGUGAAUUCUCGGAAUGUGAUUAAUAUCUUGUACAAGAACAUCAUGGACGCAUCCAUUGGAUGCGUCUGCUUUUGGCUGGUUGGGUACGGCUUCGCCUACGGGACUACGGCGGGAGGUUUCAUCGGCACUGACAACUUUGCCAUAUCAUCCAUCUACAACGGAGCAGGAGAGGGCGGCUCCGAUGGAUGGGAGGGCUUCUUCUUCCAGUUUGCAUUUGCUGGCACAGCUGCAACCAUCGUGUCUGGAUCGGUAGCGGAGAGAUUCAAGUUCGAGGCCUACCUGGUGUACUCCGGAGUUUGCACGGCCUUCAUCUACCCGGUCAUCGUCCACUGGGUGUGGGGGUCUGGGUUCUUGUCGGCCUGGGGGGCGAGGCCAGACGCCGACGGCAACGCGCGUCCUCUGCUGUCAGGAACUUCGACCUCUAAUGGGGUGAUCGACUUCGCGGGGUCGGGAGUUGUGCACUUGGUCGGCGGCGUGUCGGGCCUGAUGGGUGCGAUCCUCGUCGGUCCUCGCAAAGGGCGCUUUGAUAGCGACGGGAAGCCGAAAGCGCAACGUCCUCACAACACGACUCUGAUGGCGCUGGGAACCACCAUCCUCUGGUUCGGUUGGUAUGGCUUCAACUGCGGGUCGACUCUCGCCCUCUCCGGAGGAGCCGCAAACGUCGCUGGCAAAGUCGCUGUCACCACAACCAUCUCAGCUGCUGCUGGUUGUCUGAUGGCCACCAUCAUCUCGCGCUUCUUGGAGGGGACGUUUGACAUCGGGCUGGCGCUGAAUGGAAUCCUAGCAGCCCUUGUGGGCAUCACUGCCAACUGCUCAGUGGUGAAUCCAUGGAUGGCGUUCCUCAUUGGAAUCAUCAGCGCAUGGAUCUACUACGGGGCAUCGAAGCUGCUGCUCAAGCUCAGGAUUGACGACCCUCUCGACGCUUUCCCCAUCCAUGGAGCCUGCGGCUUCUGGGGACUUCUCGCUACGGGAAUCUUCUGCACAGAUGCAAAUGUGCAGUAUGCGGCCUAUCCCAACGUCAACGACGCGUGUGGGCGGGGAGAACAGUUUGCUGUCCAGCUCAUCGGCGGUCUUGUCAUCGUUGCAUGGGCCAGUGUGAUGUCAGGCCUCACCUUUCUCGUCAUGAAAUUCGUUGUGGGGCUGCGUGUGAGCUCUGAGAUCGAAGAAGCGGGUCUCGAUAUCUCAGAGCAUGGAAUCGGUGCCUACGCCAACGAGCUGACGAAAGUGUUUCCCUCCCCUGUGAGCGAUGAGGUAACAAAGGUGCAAGUGUCCUAUGAGUGA